CCCUCAGCCAAUCAGGGUGCCGCUUGGGUGACGCUGCGUUCUACGCGCGAACCGUGCGCCGCACAUUCGCUCAUUCGUUGUCUAGAAUCCGCUCCGCUCGCACGCAUUCAGCACGCCACACACGCCAACACCGCCUGCCCAGCAUCCCGAGAUUAUAAAUCAGCGUCAUUCGUCUCAAAAUCGAAAACAAAAUGUCGGACGAACCAGCGAAGCGUGGCCGCAAGGCGGCAGCAGUAGAGGCUUCCCCUAAGAAUGACUCGCCAAAGAAGCGCGGCCGCAAAGAGGUGGUGAAACCCCUCGAAGAUGAGGCACCAGCUCCGGCGAAGCGCGGCCGUGGCAGGCCAAAGGGCACCAAGAAGAAGGUCGUCAAGAGCCCCAAAGCUAAAGCCGGCACUGGCCGUCGUGGAAGACCAAGGAAAUCCGACAAACCCAAGGAAUCAUCCGAAGAAGAUGAGGAGAACGAAGAGGACGACGAAUAAGCAGGAUCACCGCUGGAGGAGAAGCGAAACGCGCGUAACACGUAGAUCUUCGAUUCAUACAUUAUUAUUAGGUUAAGUUCAACACAGUAAAUGGAAGCAUAUGAUUAAUAUAAAUUUGUUCAUCUACAUUAGAUUAGAGAUUGUCCUGGUUUGUUUAGAAGUGCCAUUCAGAUUCGAUUAGCGUUCUAAGAUUUGAGAGAUUUCUGUAUUUUGUAUUUAACGGCGCACAUUCAUACACAGUGCAGCACCCCUUCCGAGUGGUGGAUUAUUUUAAUUAUGUAAUAUCGAUGUGUGUGUAUUUAGUUGUUGAUUCCGGAUGGAUCAACUCUUGGGAGCGAAAUGUACAAAUUAGAGCGUUGUGUUCACAUUGAUGACAGACAAAAAUUCGUUUCAGUUCUUUAUGUUUCACUGUUUCAAAAAGAAUAGGAAGUAAAGGAAAUUUUCUUCAAAUAAACGCAUUUACCUAA